AACCGGGCUGAGCCCCUGGUGCCUCCUGCACCCGCUGCCAGCCUGCAUUGCCCCGGGGCAGCCCUGGCUCUUGCCCUCCAACAGCUCCGGUGCUUCGGCAUUGAUGGGCACACCACCGCGGAUGUGCCCCCGGCCUGCCUCGGGGGCAGACAGCACCUUUUGGGAGCAGGGUUUGGCAGCGGCACCCGUUCCAGCCAAAGGGCUCGGCUGGGACACACGGCUCUGUGUGAGGGAGAAAUCAUUGCAGGCCUUUUCCACUGGGAUCCCUCCUGUCCUGUGCAGCACCAUGUCCUGCACCUCUGGGUGCUGCUGCCUGGCCCCAGUCCCCCACUUCUUGCUGGCCGCAUCCAUCCUGGGGUGUCCAUGGGGUGUGGAGAGGGCUCAGCCCCGGGGUUCCUGUGCUCCCACAGGUGUUCCUGUGCAAAGUUUGCCUUUGGUGCAAACAAGAGCAGGCACAUGUCCCUGAGGAGCCUUUGCAAAGAGCUCGUGUUUGCUCUAAGAGAGGCCUUUGUACUUGGAGAGGGAGCUGGGUAGGGGAGUCGGGAUCCAUUUAUUGCAGCUACGCACGGGGAAUAAACCCCCUCUGCUCCUGCUCCCCUGGUGUCGGCAUCCUGACCCCAGCGCUGGCUCCAUCUCAGGCUAUUCCCACAUCCCCGGCGGUGCUCAACCCUGCAGCUCUUUUUGGGAACAUGGUAUGGGCUUUGCUGCCCACCAUGGCACGGGCUGGAGCUGCCCAUUGUGGUGUGGUGGUCCCGAGUGGUUCACCCCAGCCGCAGCCCCUCGGCAAGCAGCACAUUCCCUUGGGCACCUUCAUGGCUUCAGCUGAUGCUUCUGAGCUACUGGCUGGGCUUAAACCACGACAGUGUGGCAGAGGGGUGAGCUCAGGCUGGUCCCACCCUGGCACUGUGCUGCUCACAGAGCCUGGCCAGGGGGGUGCCGAAGGCAUGGAGAGCCCAGCGCCGGGGCGAGACGCCCCAUGGCUCCAUAUCCCUGCCCCAUCCCACUUUCCGGGGCUCACAGAUAAUACAUCCCAGCAGCACCCAGAUCCCAUGGGCCUGGGGACCGUGGGGAAGCCACUCACCCUUGGGGACCCGGCUGGAGAUGCCCUGAAGCCACCCCGAUAUAUACAGGGAGUGGCUGGCACAGCACAUGUCCCCACGCUGGUUCCCCGUGUGCACGGGUAGAUGAGAUUAGGGAGAUAAUUUCUUAGGAAGCCGGGUUUAUAAUCCAUCUGUAUAAAUUCUUGGAAUAUUUCUCCCAAGGAUACGGAGUGUAUUUACCUGUUUUCAAGGCUGACAAAGGGGGUGAGCGAGUCCGGGAGUCACUGGGGAGAGGGACAGGUUGCAUAUGGGGCUGGGGUUGGAAAAGCCUCUUUCUCAGUCAGCGUUGGUGUCUCCGGGCUUCAUUGGGGUUAAUUUCAUACAAGAAAUACAACCUUUUCCUUGAUUUUGGUGGAGAAGAACCACAGAGCGAGGGCUAUAAACUGGUUUUCCGGUGUUACAAAGCACUCCUGGGUUGGGUGGGUUAUUUUGCGUGUAAAGAAGAUCGGACAAUUAAUGUGUUUUUGUUUCAUUUUGGUGACAGAACAAAAAAGAAAAGGGCUUGUGUUGAAUCAAAAGGUUUUUCCUCUCUCACUUUUUAGGUUAACCAGAAAAGAAAGGGGGGAAAAAAAAAAAAAGGAGGCCAAACAAACACUCAAACGUUUCAUUUUGGGUCAAGUCCAAACAUUUUGUUUAACAUGAAACAAAAUGUUUGGGUUUGGUUUCAGGUUGUUUAACCCUUUUGAAUACGGUCAAGUUGGUUUGUAAAGAAAAAUCACUGCUCAGAAAUGAAGAGCCGAGUAAUUGUUUUGAAAGUGUAAGUGUGAAACAUGCUGGAAACACAGGAGGUGAAACCUUCCUUAAAAUAAUAAAAUGGAGGGAAACUCAGGGAUAUUUUUUCCUAAUUCUCCCAUAUUUUUUCCAGCCAAAAUGCUGCCAAAUUUCAUUUAAAUUCAGAAAUCACGUUGUCCUAAAAGCAUUCGGAAGUCUCAAUUCUGAACUCUUGCGCUGGCUCACCAUUUAACUCUGGGAAAGCGAUGCCCUUGGUUUAUCUGUGAACCAAACAGCUAUUAGAAAUGAUAAUGAGCUCUGUUCCAUUAACUUAUUAUUAAUCAGUAAUUAGUAGGAUCAGUUGGGUGACAUGCAGGGCUUGUGACAAAAGUCUGCGUGAACCCCUUGGCUUGGGUACGGCGGCGCGGGCUUUGCCCAGCUCCAUUGGGAAGGAGCGUGCGGAGGAGCUCUGCGGUGCAAGGACAUUUUCUUCACAUCCUUCUUGUUGGCUCCCACCUUCUCCUGCGGCAGCACAAGGACCCGAGAGCCCUGAAACCUCAGUGUUUUGGGGACAGGAACAGGCUUUUCUGCUUGCACCGUGCUUAACCCAGCCUGGGGUCCCAGCUAUUGGGACCACCGGAGUCAGCGUGUCGGCGUGCCCGUGUCCAUACACAGCUCCUUGUGACCAUCACCGUGUGGAGGACACCAUGUACAUGGCGGGGUUCUCCUGCCCGGAGGAUGCAGGAUGGGGCACAGGGAUGGUAUCUCUAGGAAGGCUCUGUGCCAUCCUUCCCGAGUGUGACAAAGCCGCUGCCACCAUCAGCGUGCUGGCCGUGGUCGGGUGCUUUUGCUUUGGAUCCAACCAGCUUUGUUUUCACGCUGCAUUCAGGACAAAAACGAGGACCCGUGGCGGGCGGCGAAGAUGAUCAAGGGGUACAUGCAGCAGCACAACAUCCCGCAGCGGGAGGUGGUGGAUGUCACCGGCCUCAACCAGUCGCACCUCUCCCAGCACCUCAAUAAGGGCACCCCCAUGAAGACGCAGAAGAGAGCCGCCCUCUACACGUGGUACGUCCGCAAGCAGCGGGAGAUCCUCCGGCAGUUCAACCAGGCAGUCCAGGGUUGUGGAAAUAGGACAGACAAAAGCAGUCAGGAUCAGCUGCUGUUUCUCUUUCCAGAGUUCAAUCAGCAGAACCAGGGGGCUGCCCAGCUCGACGACGCCUGCUCCGAAACCCCCAGCAAGAAGAUGCGCCGCAAUCGGUUCAAGUGGGGGCCGGCCUCCCAGCAAAUCUUGUACCAAGCCUACGACCGGCAAAAGAACCCCAGCAAGGAGGAGCGCGAGGCGCUGGUGGAGGAGUGCAACAGGGCCGAGUGUCUGCAGCGAGGGGUGUCUCCCUCCAAGGCGCACGGGCUCGGCUCCAACCUGGUGACAGAGGUGCGGGUCUACAACUGGUUUGCCAACCGACGGAAGGAGGAGGCUUUCCGACAGAAGCUGGCCAUGGAUGCCUACAGCUCGGGCCAGCCCCCCCCGCACAGCAUGAACCUGCUGCUGUCCCAUGGCUCCCCGCACCACAACCAGCCCAGCGCCUCGCCGCCCAGCAAAAUGACAGGGGUCCGGUACAGCCAAGCAGCGAGCGGCGAGGCAGCAUCCUCCGGCACCAUCAGCCACCACGGCAGCGGUGCCAUGGUCACCACGAGCCAGGCGGUGCUGCAGCAGGUCUCCCCGGCCGGCCUGGACCCGGGCCACGGUUUGCUCUCUCCCGACGGUAAAAUGAUCUCAGUUUCGGGGGGCGGGCUGCCCCCGGUGAGCACCCUGACCAACAUCCACAGCUUGUCACACCACAACCCGCAGCAGUCCCAGAACCUCAUCAUGGCACCGCUCUCAGGGGUCAUGGCCAUUGCACAGAGUAAGUGCUCAUCUCCGUGCCCCAACGGACCCCCUUGUCCUGCGAUGGGACACACCAGUGCUAUAACACCCCCGUUCUGCUCUCUCCCAGGUCUCAACACCUCGCAGGCGCAGAGUGUUCCCGUCAUCAACAGCGUUGCCGGCAGCUUGGCAGCUCUACAGCCCGUCCAGUUCUCGCAGCAGCUCCAUACUCCGCACCAGCAGCCGCUGAUGCAGCAGUCGCCCAGCCACAUGUCACAGCAGCCCUUCAUGGCCACCGUGACCCAGCUGCAGAACUCACACAUGUAUGCACACAAGCAGGAGCCUCCCCAGUAUUCCCACACCUCCCGCUUCCCCUCGGCGAUGGUGGUGACAGAUACCAGCAGCAUCAGCACGCUGACCAAUAUGUCUUCCAGUAAGCAGUGUCCCCUGCAAGCCUGGUGAUGCUCCACACCUCGCUGCUUUCGCACAUAGCAACGGGAUCUUAUUUUCCACAACAUCCCAGAGGUGACCUGUGUGCCGAGCCCGGGGAGUCACCAGAGCAAAGCCCAGCACCGCAGCGAGGAGCCCAUCAACCCGAAACGGAGCCGGAGGCUCGAGAUUCCCCAUCGCCCUUCCCGGCAUCCCACCGGGAACGAGCCCGGAUUCAUGGGUGCCCUCCCGGGACCUCUCCUUCCCUCCGUGCAGUAUUUCCAAGCUGUGUCUUGGGGAUUUUUUCCUUAAGUAUUUGCCUUCCAAGAGGCCGCUGGCUCUCCUGAGGAACUGGAACAAGCUGUGCUGGGAACUGGCAGAAAGGGAAGAUGGAUAAUAUUUAAGUUAUACUCCUCCACCCGACGGACUGAGAGGGACUUGGGUCUGUUACUUGGCGUUUGGAAGGAGGAAUUGCAUGUGCUGUUGAACUGAGCCAAUUGAACUGUAAAUAUAGGUACAGUCUGCUCCAUCCUCACCCUUCCCCACUCCUAUACAUAGAGAUUUAUAUAAAAAGAAGUAAAUUUUGUCCAAUGGAUGUAAACUACUGUAAUUAAGUGCAAUUCUGCCAUCUGUAUAUAUUGUUCCUGAAUCUCUUCUCUUUCUCCUUUAUGUUGUUUUUUUUUUUGUUUGGUAAAGGUCAGAGCUGAGGAUGGUUUUGGUUUUGUACUUCUCUUCUUCCUUUAAAUGAGUUAAUUCAAAGGCCACACUGGUCUCUGUGGCAGGACAGGCAGACACGUGUCCUCUGCAUGGUGACAUCCCAUGUGAAGAAAGGGCACAGGGCGAGCUGAGCGGAGCCCCAGCAGGACCUGAACCAUCUGCAAGGGGAAAACUGCCUCUACAGAGAUUUCAAGGGACUCUUCUGCCUUUGGGGGCUCUGAGGUGGGUCAUGGUGGGAUGAGGAAGCGCUCAGCAGCCCAGUCAGCACACCAAACCAUUGGGGAGUGUUCAGCAUUGGCAGCUUUCAGGUGAGUCUGUAGCAUUUGCUGCUACAGAGGUGAAUGAGUCUGCAAGGAAUUCUGGUGGGGUCUUCCUCAAGUGGGGUUCAGAGAUUGUUUCCCUUUUCUCCCCUCCUUGGGGCACAGAAGGGACUGGGUGCCCAGUUACUGCCCAGUAAAAGGCCAGUAUGGGUGGCUUGUUUUCCACCAUUAGCAGGUUGAUGAUGAGCCUUGUUGGCUCCACCCUUAUCAAGAAACACAGUGCUGCAGUAGCUGUAAAAGGCACCAUCUCUCAUCCUGUACAACACAAGCUCCUCCGUCCCUGCUGCCUCUUGUAAAUGGAUCGAAUGCUCCCCAGCUUUACAAACCUUUUGUUGACUCUUCAGCAUGUGCCAACUACUGAGAGUGGUUUCAAGAGGUGCCCAUGGGUGGAUGACCACUGCUAAAAGGAAAAACAGUGGAUGCUUUCUUUAGGGCAAGAAAGGCUCUUUUGCUCUGUGUUUGUACAGUGUCGUGUACAGAGGGACCCUAACCCUUGCUGGGACUGAUAGGAGUUGCCCUAUGGUGAAUAAGUCAUCAUGAAUUGGAGACCAAUACUCGGAAUGACAUUUAAUUUAAUGUAUACCAUAAUUAAAUACCAUUUCUUCUGAACCAUU